UUAUAUUUAGAGGCACUGAAUAUCUAGGUGAGUAUAGAGAUUUAUUACUUAGUCAUGAUGUAAAAAUUAUACAAGCUAAAUCUAAAUAUAGUAUAUCAAUAGCUAAACGUGAUCACCAAGAAUUUGAGAAACAUGCCUAUAUUCGUCAAGAUGCU